AUGGCCACGCCUGCAACCACCAUGAGCAACUUAUUUGAGAGGUUUCGGAGGUUUAGGCCACCUACUUUCGCUGGCACCUACCGUCCAGAAGAAGCUGAGUACUGGCUCAACCGAGUCACUAAGUUGCUUCAGCCUCUCCAUUGUUCCAAAGCGGAGAGUGUCGAAUUCCUCUCUUACCUCUUCAAGAAGGAGGCGGAUUUGUGGUGGGAAGCUACCGUGAUUGCAUUCUUUGGGCCGAUCAAAGACGGCCUAAGGAAAAUGUGGCCAUCACCAGAAAGCCUGGCGUCCCCGCCUGAGUGGUUUGAACUCGAUUCGUCCGUUGCUGUUCCGUCCCAUGAGACCGCUGGCUUCUACCGUGGGAUUUUCAGCCCAGAUGCAUCCGGCUUCUCGAUUUUGGAUCGUUUGGUGCUAGCACUCCAACGGUGUUCUGCAAUGGCAAUUCGGAGUUGCAAUGAGUUCCAAGUGGAGUCCUUGGGCUUACUCAAGAAAUUGCACAAGAGACCGGUCAUUCCAAUUGGAUUACUUCCACCAACGCCACUAGAGAAGAGAGAAACGACCGACCCCAAGUGGUACUCCCAUAUGGGCAACCAACGACAUCGUUACCCUUCCGCCGGGAUUCGAGAGCCAGAUUGGCAGUCGUGGGUCGUCUAUAUGGGUUGGGCCCCUCAGUUGGAGAUACUGGCCCACCCUUCCAUCGGCGGAUCUUUGUUUCACUCUGGGUGGGCGUCCACCAUCGAGACCAUCCAUUAUGGGCAUGCUCUAAUCAUCUUGCCACUUGCGAAUGUCCAUUCAUUGGAUGCGAAGAUGUUGGUGGACAAGGGUCUGGCUAUAAAAGUUGAGAUAAACGAAGAUGGGUCCUUCCACAGGGAUGCAGUCGUGCGGUCGCUGAGGCGGGCCACGGUCAAAGAGGAUGGAGAAAGAUUUAGGCUUAAAUCGAUAGAAACGAAGGCCAUUUUCAGUGAUCAGACACUCCAUCAAAACUAUAUGAAUGAAUUUAUCAACUUCCUCAAAAGCUCCAACUGA